AUGUCAUCCGUGCGACAAGAGGUACAAGCAGAUAUUGACCGAAUCACUUACCAAGGCAGUGGUUCGAGCCUGCUGAAUCCACCAGCCUAUCGUAUAUGGCGCAUGUACCCCAAGCGUAUCAUGUGCAAUGCUAUUCCAUACGGGCCAAGACCUUCGCGCUACGAUACCCCCAUACCACGAAUUGCCAGAGGAAUAGCAACAGCCGCUGGUCUGAGGCCAUAUCAAGCUCUUCACGAUCGUGCGACUACAACGCUGGCCGCCCGUGUUCGCAACAAAAAACGUCCAGACGUAGGCUGGAUGUGGGUUCGGGAUCAUGAGUGGGAGAUUCAGAAAAAGGACAGGAUGAUCUGGCGCAGGAAAUGGCUUGCGAUUUGGGCAAUUGCUUACGCCGUCUUUCGCGACCAACGAGAUGAGCAUCAAGCGCUGAUUGAGAAGGACUUCAACAUGGUUGGAUCGAAACUCCUUGGGAAGCACUGGCCCUGGGGAGGAACCACAACUGGACAAGCCGGGAAGGACUUGAAGGCAAAGGAUGGCGCUGUCACAAAGGACUUUCCUGGUCAACGUGGCUGGUUCUGGAAGGAUACUGGACUUAGCGGAGAACUCCUCGGGUGGUUAAUGGCCUGCACUGUGAUCGGUCUGGGAGUGACCCUGUUCAGAAGCCAGCACUAG